AUGGGAUUCUGGACCCUAUUUGAGGUGGCGUCGAUGCCAAUACUGCAGGAGAAAGGGUGUGAGGAUGUUAAGGCAGUAAUUUCCGCUUUGAAAAGCAAAGGCGUAUCUGAUGUAAGAGCUGCUGGUUUUUGUUGGAGAGCACACAUAAACUCCACAUCUAAACUAGAUGAUUUGAACCCAUCUGAAAUGAGUGACAUCAACAUUACAACAGGAGAUAACUCACAAAACAGCAAAGGUAAGGACAAAAUUGCAGCGAGUGAAGUUUCCACAAACAUUGACAAGGCAAAUGCAAAGAGAAGUUUAUUCCAAGCAGCAGAUAACGCAAUUGAACCAGAAGUAAAGAAAAAAGGACAGCCAAAAACUACAAAGAAACCGAAAGUCGUGGCUAGGAAUCAAUGA